UUUUCGAAAUUAGUUCUAGUGAGUCUGUGAAAGUGUGAGCGACUUCGACUAUCGCACGGCGACGACGGUACACGCGCGAUCAAUUGGCAAACAACCGCAAGCGGAUCAACUGCUCACUCGCCGCUGAGAACUUGCCAAAAAUACAAAAAGCCCACAUCACUUCUGCGUCCAAGGAGAACCCAGUCCGGAGCAACAAGACACGUGCAUCAUGUCGCAUCAGUGCAGCUGCGGUCGCGACCUCAACAACAACUACGUCUCGUAUACGAGCGCCUACGCCAAUACAAACGCCGGAAUGGAUCGCGAGGCCUCGUCCAGCGGCAGCAAGUCCGGCGGUCCUCCGCGCACCCAGCUGACGGCCCAGGUGAUGUUCGGGACGGUGGGUGCCAUCAAGGAGCUGCGCGACAAGGAGCAGCAGCAGCAGCGGCACGCAGCAGUGGCACGAGCAGGCGAGAGGCGCAACUGAGGGUAGCUGGACUUGGGGGGCUUUCGUUGGACAGCUGCAGCGUCGUUGGAGCACCAGUGGAGGCGAUGGGCGGGGCGGGACGAACGGCCGAUGGAUCGGUCAAGUGCUGUGCUGUGGGUUGUCGGGGGAUCUCUGGCUGAUUGAAAGGAUCGGGCUGAGUCGGGUGAUUCAUAUGAUUCAGACGGAUAGUUCCAGCAAGUGGAUUAGGCGAGUGACAUAGAAUCGAAAUUUUUAUCUGUUUUUCGGAUUUGACGGGUUUAUUUAUGGAUUAUAUAUAGACUCUUCGAAUUUCCCGAACUGGUCAGAUAACUAAAGUGAUUCGAUUAUCCGGGCGAUCCGUUUAAAACGAGAUAGCGUUGGUCCUGGUCCCUUGGGUCGAGUUAGAGGCUUCAAAGAGUUUGCAGGGGGGCAGGGCCGUCUGUGGCCGGAUUGGUGGGUCGGCCACCAAGAACGACAUUCCUUCUCAAAAGAAUAACUAUCAAAAACAAGAGAAAUAAAGAGAAAAGAACCACAAAACAGACCAUAACUUAGGAAAAGGACAUCACAUAUUUAUACUACAUAUAUUUUGUCAGCCACACUCUGUCUUUCUUUGUCUUUGUCGGGCUCCUGUUCCUGUUCCUUCCGCUAAUCAUUUCUAAUCUUCAGCAGAACUCGAAUCGUAUUCGAUGUAAAUUGUUUAUCGCAUAUUUAUACAUACUACAUAGUGCAAUACUUUAGCUGAUACAUCCACACAUGCGUAGUCUUAAGUUUGUUUUAUUUUGUAAGCGCACACACACUCCACACACACUCAUUCUACAAUGUUGUUUAAUUUUGUUUUGUUGUUCACGCGGUCUGGCAGUUUCGGGCUGGCAGCGGGCCUGGAGACUUCCAGGUGCUGCUGCAGCUCGAAAUGCCAGGCACGUAACUCCACACACACACACCUACACCUACACCUACACUCACACCCCACACCAUAUAAAUAUACUACAAACUAUAUAUACGCGUAAUCAUUAAUACCUAUACAACUGUUAUUAUUUUUAAUAAUCAUACUGUAUAUGCUGGAUGAAAAGAAGAAACGGAGACAGAAUCGAGAAACAGAAACUAAAAUUAUUCCUCCAAAUGGGAUCGUAUUUGCUCAAGUGAUUUUCGUUUGUUUACAAAAAUGGAAGCGACAAUGCAUUAAACGAAAAUUUCAACUCAAUUCAACUGCUGUAAAUGGAGAUGGAGAAAAAAUGGUCCGCGUUUUGGCAACAGAGAUCCAGAGGCGCGGAGGAGGAGCAUCUACAAUAUAUUUAUUACGCCUAUAAUAUAAUAUUAAAAUGUAAUACACACACGUCUACUUGUACGUCUAUUUAUAGAGCUAAUCCCAACAAUGGCAAAUAAAAAUCGAACUCUUAAUAAACAGAAA